AGCAGAUAUUCUACCUAAUGAUGAAGAAGAUGAGGAGAUGGUUGAAGGAGAUGAGGAAAUGAGACCAAAUGAAUUAGAAUAUUUAUUAGAAGAUGAAGAAGAUGCAGUCCAAUUACUUAUUGAUCAAAUGAAUGUUGAUGGUAUCGCAGCAAGCAACUAUAUUAAUAUUGACUCUAGAAUAGAAAACUCUCAAAUAAUUGAUGAUGAGGAGAUAAUUGCCGCA